AUGCCGAUCAUCCGCAACCCGUUUCGGAAGCAAGAUGAGAACGUGCGACCAACAACGGCGCAUGAAGAGAGUGUCGAGAAGAAUGGCAGCAAGCCCAACGAGACGAACGGCCGGGAUCCGGUGGAAUACAAGCUGAGUGAGAUAAACGACUCGGGAGUUUAUCUACCCCCUUCGCCAACGGAGAAGAAGAGCUUUUGGGGCACGACGUCCUCAAGGUCGACCACAUCGUCGUCAAUUCACCGAUGCGCUUUCAAUGAGGGAGAUCAAUUUAGUAUCUCACGUGAAUCCUUCGACUCAUAUCGCAGAUCAUUCGACAUUUCAGCAAGAUCGCCAGUUAUACAACCCAGCGAAGGCCGGCCACGGGCAUCUCUAGACAGCCGAACAUUUCAACCACUGCCUCGCUCUUCCAAUUCAUACCAGCGCCCACUGCAGGUACCGCAGACACAAGAGGAGGACCGAUUCGAAGAUGUCAACAUUGACGAUCCCAAACCCCAGGCUCCCAAGAAGCGAGGAUUGUUUGCGCGCAUGGUGGAUAGCGUAGACCAUUCGGAUACUGUCAACCGACCUACAUUGAAUAAUGACAAGGCCAUGCCAUGGCACCAUUUGACCAGCAGGAAACGAGGUCAGAGUGGCCAGGGUGCUGAGCUUGGGAGCAUUCCCAAGCGCGAAAGCACACCCAAGCCAGAGAAACAAGUCGAGCCGCAGCAGAAUCUGGAGCAGAUCAAGGAGCAAACUCCUACAGUAUCAGCAAAACCAGAGCACCCCCAGGCGCCAGAAAUCAGAGUCGAUUCUUGA